UAGCAGUUGUUCGUGGGCUUUGCUCACCCAGUGUUUCUUUAUUCAACACUCCGCAAAAGGUGUUCUCCCGCACUUAGAGCCAGUGGGAGUAAGAAAAAGCAGGACAGCCAAGAAGAAAGGAAAAAAAGUUACGGAGAAGAAAGUGACUUGUUGGCCACGAACAAUUUUGGUGGUUGGUGUUGUGAAGUGGGCGAACACACGGGACAAAGAGUGACACUGAAGAGAGUAUGAAAGGACGUGGAGAAUUCGCACGAAAUCUCGAUCGCCAUCUUAUUGAGAAUUUCUACUUGGUGGAGAGUUGAAGUGAAAUAUCCUGUGCUUUUCGCGUGUACUUUUCUGGGAAGGAGAGAGAUAUUCGCCACGAUAUUGUUCGCCCUUCUGCCAGCCAUGGCAGACAGAAUUUUCACAUUAAAUCACUCACCCACCAUCGAUUUCUGCCACUCGCAUGAACACCAAAUGAUUCUCCAACAUUUAUGUGCUUAAAUUGACUUUUGGUGCUCCUUUGCCCUCGUCCGCACGUCUCCAGCCGUUAAAUCAAUGGAUAGAGGCAUAGUUGACUCGCUCGAGUGGCCCCACUGAUCAGGGACAGAGUGCAGCCGGGGUGUCGCCAGCCAGGCUCUCGCGGGAGUUGGAGCAAUUCUGGGGUGGUGCGAGAGAAUCAAAAGUGUCACGGGGAGGUGAAAUUUUCCAUCUUGCGACUGUGUGCGAGAACACUUUUCAUGUCGACUACGAGCAGACCACAAUUGGUGGAUACUUAUCGGAGAAAAGUAGCUAAAUUAAUUUAAUACCUCGUGCCAUUUGUCGUGCUUGUGAUUGCGCUCCGUUGCUUUUUCCGAUGGGUGAAGCUCGCUCCUGAGCUUUUUCAUCAUCAUCGUAUUGUUCUUGUGUGUGCAGAGGUCGACCUUUGUAUUCGCCUUUUUCGCGUGUAUGUUGGAAUUUUUGUGGGCGCAAAAUAUAAAACGCAUCCAGAGGACUUCUUCAACGUGAAGUCUUGUACAAAUUUAUCAUACUGUUAUAGCCCACUGUUAAGGAGAACACAGAGAGGGGAGAAUUCUGCGAGGAAGAGUGAGUGUUGUCAUAUAUAGAGCGAUGGAGAAUCUCUUAUGCCGUCCAAGCAUUACAUAAUUUCCCAUGGUAAAUUAGUGGUGUGUGAAAAAGAAGAGAGACAGAGCUUUCUUGCCACGCUUUCCCAGUGAAAAUCCCUCUCUGGAGCGGAGAAUAUAUAUCGUCAGUGUUGGGUCCAAUAUAAUUCGCUGUACGCCGUGAAGAAGUGCCAGCGCGAGGAGAAGAAAUAUCACUGCGGAUUUGUGACACUCGCAUCUUCCAUCCAUCCACAAGGAAGGGUGCCACACCAUCGGAGAAAGUCCACCCCUCGCAGUCACACACUGCGAUAUACAGACGGCGCCAGGGUGAAAGUUGCUCCGAAUUUAAAAGUCGGCGGCGGAGGCGGGGGGAGAGUUCAUGUUGUGCUAGAAAAUGCAUCAUAAAUCAAUAGAGCGACCAGUGGAAAAAAUCCAUUUCACUCCCCGAGAAUUAAAUUAUGGUGAUUUUAGUGCAAUUAGAGUAACUUUAGUCACGUGAAAGUGUGUGCAAAAGGGAGGCUGAACGCUCGAAUUGCAGUUGGACUACCGUUGGUGGUGUGAUAAUUUGGUGAUAUCAGGUCAGAGCAUAAGUUUCUGCGCAUACAAGCGGACUAUAAAUAUAGAUGAGCGCCUAAAAUCUUUGCAGACAAGGAGGACAUUUUCAAGGGUCAUUUGAAUGUGGUGCUGUGCGAAGGGGGUGCGCCCAGUGCGCCCCCGAUAGACCCCAGUGGAGAGCGGCUCAAUAGAGGAUUUGGGGGCGCUAAAGUGACGCAAGUCGCCCAAAAUCGUGGUCCAGAGAAGUUGUGGAAGAAGGAGCAACAAGCUUCCUCUUCUUGAUCCCACAAAUCUCACAGCGUGUGUGUAAAUAUUGGAGGGACGAAGGUGGAUAUUCCAGAGUCUAUUAGACAUAUAGCAAGAUUACAGUGAUAUGGCUGACGAACCUCCAGUUGACGAGAGGACAUUUAAGGAAAAGUUAUUGUUCUACACAACGGCAUUUUUCAUCCUUCUCGGAACAUUUAGCUUAUUUGCAUUUCUCUUUCUUGUACCAUUUGUGAUUGAUCCUGCCUUUACCACAAUCUUUAUGCAAUUUGACACGAAUCCGGCUAUAUGUACCACAGUUGACACGAUGUACUUGCGCGGAGCCAGCAAUUGCUCCUGGACAUCCUGCCGGGAGGGAUGUACCAAGGAUAUCUACGAGUGUCUGCAGAUCAGUGUCAACUACCGUCUCAUGCCCAAUGGCACGAACUUCACGGGAAUGAAUCUGGCCACGCUGCCGGAACCGCUGCCCGAGGCUCAGGCUUUGAGGAGUCAUAGGCGAGAGAGAGCCAUUCGGGAAUAUGAUUAUGCGGACAGUGAGGAGCAAAAGGGAGCGGACGCGAUGAAUGGAGUGGCGCCGUCGAAUGGAAUAAUUGAGGUGGACUAUUCGGAUCUACUGGAUAUGGACCAGGGCGAGGGCAAUGAGUCUGAGUGGUUCUUCACCAUGGCUCGGCUGUAUCCUAACGUGAAGGGCUGCGGCUACCCACCGUCCCUCAAUUGUAGCAUCUGGACAAAAGCGUACAAGCGCAUUGGGACGAACUUCACGUGCUACUACUCAAAGGUGGACCCAAAGCUGGUCAUCACGCAUCUGGACAUGAGGCAGAAUACCCUCAAUCUCAUCUACAGCAUGGCCAUUCCGAUUCCCUCCUUCAUCAUCUCCGUGAUUUACCUCACGAUCGCGUACUUCAAGAUCUACAACGAGGAUGAGGAGGCGGCUCCGUUGGACAAGAACGCCGAGGGCAUGGCUGGCGAGGGUGAAGACGUGGAGGGCGGUGAACCUGGAGAGGAGGAAGAUGGUGUGGUGUUGGAGAACGGGACAGCCGCAGAGGGAGUGUCGUCAUCACUGCCAAACGGAACGACUCCGCUCACGGCGUCCGGGGCUCUGCUGUCCUCCAACACAGACAUUGCGUCCUUUGGACACCAGCUCAAAGUGAAGAUGGCAGAUGAGAUGUCUCGCGAGAGCAUCGAUGGAGGUCUGCUUUCCACCUCAGCCAGCUUUCAAGGAAACUUGAGCAAGACGAUGACGACGAGUAUCUCAACUCCUCCUGGGCCGAUAGCGGCAGUCUGAAGCGACAGGUUCAUGGCCUGGACAACAUCAAGUUCAACUUUGGCAAGAAGUGAAUCAUCUGCUGAUGCUCAGAUUCCGGGACGAGGCUGAGGCGAGCAGGUCUUUUUCAAUAAUGGAUUACCAAGAUUUUCAUCUCAUCACAACAUAUUUUUACUCUAAAAAAAAGCUAAGACAUGAGCUUUGUGAGAAGCUUUUUCGAACUUGUACGAAGAGAAUGUGAAAAUUCAGAAUUUAUCAUUCAAGAAACUCUUUAAGGUCUCACACGAAAAUCGCAGCAAUUAUCAGUGUUAUGCCAUGCAACAUUUCACCUCUAAAUUAUAUUUAAAUGAAAAAGGAAGUGAGAGAGCGUGAGGGAAACACUAUCAAGAAGCUCCUUGUGAAUGAAGCCACAAAUUGAGGUAAUAUGAAGCUUUUUCCCCACAAUUGUCUCAUUGCGUUAAAAGAUUUAUUAACUCAAAGAAAAUGGAAUAAAAAGUACAUAUUUCAAAUUGGUAAUAUUUAGAGAAAGAAUUUUCAAGGAAGUCUAAUUGUAAUUAUGCAAAAUUAAAAAAGUCAUAUGAGAGUCUCUCAAGAGUGUUAAAAAGGAAAGAAAGAAAAGAAUUCAAUUUGAAAUUAUAUUCCUCCUAAAGAAGCAUUAUUAUAAUUAAUUAUGUAAAUAUUGGAACAAUGAGCUCUUAAUUCUAAAAUACAUAAAUUCUAAUUCAUGCGGAAAACCUUGAAAAAUGUGUCGGCGAGAGUAAAAUGGAUGGAGUGCGCGCUGUUAAGCGAAUAAUUUUGCACAACGAAGACUCUUAUUGUUAAAACUUCCUUCCUCAAAAAUUUCCACCAUUGAAAAUUUCAUUCAGCGAUAGUAAAUGGUUUAAUUUAACAUGCUGGCUAAAAUGUGUAUUGUGAAAAUUUGCCCUUCGAGCAUUACCAGACAGAAAAGCCGAGGGAAACAAGGCACAUCAUCGAUUUAUUGGCUUUUUCCACUUUGGUUCUCUCUUCAUCAUUCAAUAAUGAAUCAAGUUGGAAAAUGUGUGGAUGAGACAAGAGGGAAAAUGUAGAACACACUCGAGGUAGAUUUUCAAUUCUUCUGAAUAUUCCAAUGUCAUCUAAUCUCAAUUGCCCAGUGGGCGCGAGUUGGGCGGAGGUGGAGAAGAUCUCUUGGAAAACAGGGGGAGAACAGAGUGGAAAAUCGUCAGAAAUAGACACAAUAAUACCGUGUAAUUUUACUUUAUCCUCCCACACAUCAAAUGAAAAUCAGAGAUAAAAAGUCAUGGUUGAAGCUUGAGUGAAACCCCGUGGAGAUAAACAUGAAGAAAGAGAAACUCCUUUUGUUAAAUUUCCCAACGCAACACCCACGAAAUUUGAAAAUAGACGCCAGAGAUGGUUUAAGACGAUGAGAAGUGAAGGGAUAUUCAACUGACGUGCAUUUUUAGAUAAAUAUUAUUAUUGUAACUAUUUAACAGAGGUGAGAUAAAAGCCAGAGAAAUCUUUACUAUUGAAUUUUAAGAGAGUCUAGCUAAUUGUGAGUGAGAAGAUCUUUUAAGAAACCCAGAAAAGAGAAACUAUUCCUUCGACAGAAGAUCCCAUUAAUUGAUUGAGAGGCAAUUUAGAAUAUUAUAAAAAUUAUAAAUAAUAUUGAAAGGAGAAGAGAAACUAUUUCAAAAAAAGAACUGUUAAUGGUGUGUAUUUUGAAUGAUGAAAAAUUGCUUUUUAAUUGCUAUUAAAUAUACAUACUAGGAGAAGAGAGCGUGAAGAAGGAGUGAUGGUAAAUAAAUUCAAAAAUUAUGAGAGAAAGAAUAUUGAGAGAACAUCAACAAUAAAAAUCGUGAAAGCUUUACAGAA